AUGCGUGGAAACGAGCUGUCUGAAGCUCAAUGUGAAAGAAUUAUCAAUGCAUAUCUGAGUGGUACCAAGCAAACGGUUAUUUCAACUCAGCUUGGUAUUCCCACUAGCACUGUUAACGAUACUAUAAAAAGAUACAAAGAAACAGGUUCUGCAAUACCUGAAAAGCGUUCUAGUCAUCCUAAAAUACUUAAUCAACGUGAUAAACGGACCCUACAACGUAUCAUUCGAAAUAAUCAGUUCGCUUCUUUUAGUGAUAUAACAAGCAGAUUAAACUUUAGUCUUGAUACCACAUUGCAUAAUAAUACUGUUAGAAAAUACCUUCAUGAUGAAGGCCUUGGUAGUUAUGUCGCUUGUAAGAAACCCCUUUUAACCUAA